UCUCAUUUAAAGGAGGGCCCCAGGUACUGGAAUCUUGAAAAAGUGACUUCACUUCCUUGGUGAUAGGCUUCAACAGAACUUAGAACUCUGGUAACCAGGUGCCCACAUUCUAGAGAUGGCCUGCUUUCCAGCUCACUUGCCCAGAGUCAUUCUAGAGAGCAAAAUGUUCUGUUGCUGUAUCCCCAUUUUCAGGAUAUGUGGGCUUAAGAAAGCCCAGAGUGAGAAACCUUUAUGUCACUGUAGACAUCAGCUCGGCCCUCAUCUCCGAAGCUGUUGGUCAUUUGGCAGGAGGCGCUCACAGGGAGGACCCUAAGGUCUCUUGGCCCGACUACGGGGCACUGUACUUGCAGAGCUUCACCCAGGAUAUCUUUGAGGAGCUGGUCCAUGGUUUCAACUACUGCAGCACCCUAGAUAAGUGUCAGGUGCAGAAGGAUACCAAGAAUCAGUGCUGCUCUGAGGAAUCAACCCUGUCCCUGGAUGAGGCCUGUACAAUGCUGAAGCUCAAGGAAGGCACAAUGGAAGAUAGUGUACAGUCCCUGCUACAAUCACCUUUCCAGGAUAGAAACACCUCAAACAUCACAACCAUUUUCUGCAUAUACCAGGUGUUCCCCAUGGCCCAAUUAGUCCUGGGACAGCAGUUCAAAAACACCCUCUCUCCCAUCUUGAGUACAUGGCCUGACCAGAAAUUGCAGGAUACCUGGCAGUCUCUGAAUUUUACCAGUUUCAAAGUAAAGACAGCCUAUGUGGAUAUGAAGCUGCAUGACUGGAACCUGAAGAACCACACCGCCCUUAUCCUGGUGCAUCAGGAAACUCUGGAGCCCACUGAGGCAGAGUCAGAUGUGCCAGCCCCAGGGCUCCUUCCAGUUGCAGAGCCAGAAAAGGGGUCUACUAUGGAACUAGAGACAGCACCAGUUAUGUUUCAACCAUCAUCUCAAGUGUCAGAGCCAGCAUCACCUCCAUCAGCUGUUCCAGAACUGGAACAAGUGUUAACAUCUUCUUCAGCAUAUGUGCCAGGUUCCACAGCUACAAUCAGCUCAAUCAUCAGCUUUACUUAGAAUUUUAACUCCAGCUCUAAAAAUAGAGACAGAGCCAACUCCAGUGCCAGAGCCUUCCUGCCACUGGCAUGUAACCCCAAAGAACCAGCUGAAUGAGGAGAAGCCCAGCCUCAUGGACUUCCCUCCCAAGCUGGUGGCAGAGCAGCUAACGUACAUAGAUGCGGAGCUGUUCAAGAAGGUGCUGCCUCAUCAGUGCCUGGGCUCCAUCUGGUCCAAGCGGAAUAAACCUGGUAAUGAGCACCUGGCACCCACAGUCUGUGCUACCGUCACCCAAUUUAACAGUGUGGUCAACUGUGUCAUCACCACCUGCCUUGGAAACCCAAGAAUGAUAGCCCAGGACAGGGCCAUGGUGGUGGAGCACUGGAUAAAGGUGGCCAAGGCCUGUCAAAUCAUGAGGAACUACUCUUCACUGCAUGCCAUCCUCUCUGCUCUGCAGAGUGCCUCAAUUUACCGUCUGAAGAAGACAUGGGAGAGAGUUUCCAGGAAGAGCUUUCAAAAAUUUAAAAAGCUGUGCACUGAAGAUAACCCACAGAGAAGGGAACUGCUCCUGAAGGAGUGGCCAUCUAAAUGGGCCACCCUGAUGAUGAGCCUCCAGAGAGCCCAGAAAAGGCUGCAGAAGAAGGUGAGUGUUCCUGGGGAAUAGAGCCUCCAGAGUGAGAGGAGAAGGGCUCCUCUCUGACAGC